GCUGGGAAGGUGCUGGUGCCGCAGAGCCUCCCCUGGGAGGAAGCGGGCUGCAAGCUGCAGGGCCUGGCCAUGCUCGGCAGAUUGCUGCCGGCCCUGCGUCGAGGGCAGUACUGCCAGGACGCAGCAGGCAGCUCUUCGCUGACUCCUUUUUUCCUUGCUUGUGCCCUUCCCACACCCCAGAGGUCCUGGAGGAAGAUACGAGCACAGCUCUUUGCUGCCAGCCCCUCCGGCGUGGCCCGCAUGGAGAAGUUCGAUGUGCGGGAUGACGGCUCGGCGCUGGAGAAGACCUCUCUGCGGCGGUGUGCCCGCCGGGUGAUCCGCCUCUCCGACUGCGUCUCUGUGGGCCCGGCGGGCACCGAGAGCUGUCCCAAAGCCACGGCCGCCUUCUACCUCAACACCACGGAGAAGAGUUAUGUGCUGGCGGCCGAGCAGCGGGACGAGUGGAUCGCCCAGCUCUGCCAGCUGGCCUUCCAGGUACUGUGGGUGACCGAAUUCCCGGUGCUGGUGGUCCGAACAGAUGCGGCUGCCCGCUGUGGCCUGCGCUGGCAUUACCUGCUCUCGGCCCUUCCCCAGAGCCUGACGCUGAAGGACCCACAGUCCCGCCAGCCCCUGCUCACCUGGCCCUACGCCUUCCUCCGCAAGUUUGGCCAGGAUCAGUCUGUCUUCCCCUUUGAUGCUGCCCUCCGUAGCGACUCUGGUGAGGGCACCUUCACCUUCAGUACCCCCCGAGCCCCAGAGCUCUGCCGGGCUGUGGCCUCUGCCAUCACAUUCCAGCAGCAGCAGGGCAAGGACAGCCUGGACCCCCGGCUCUUCUCUGCCUCAGACUCUCAGCUCUCUGUGCAGGGCAUCGAGGCGCAGUCCUGGGAAUCUGGGGCUGAAGAGCCCCAACCCAGCACAUCCCUGGGAGGGCCGGUCUCCAGUGAGCCCUGGGACGCGGGGAAGCCGCCACCUGAGCAUCUCUACGAGAACAUCUUCACUGCUGAGCUGGGUCCAGCUGGUGCAGAAGAGGAGGAAGGGGUGGAAGCAGCGGCGGCAGAGGAAGGGCGGUGGGAAAUGGGGUGCCGGCAGGCCCCCGAAGGCCACAGCAGCGAAGCAGGGCCCCCCUAUGACAACCGG